AUGGUCCGUCUGACGGCCAGAAACAUUAUCCCCAGGCGCAUCGCCGUCACUCAGUACCGAGCUGCUCCUGUACAGAUGCGCGGAAUGGCUGACAAGCGAGUGGAAAAUGCUUCCCAGGCCGCUGGGGAGGCCAAGAACACCAGCCCCGAGAACCCCUCGGUCGUCUCAUCUGCAGGUGCAAUCGGUAAACAGUUCAACCCGGACGGGAAAAUCGGGCAGGUCGGUGAGAAGAUUGGCGGGCCUUUUUCAAAGGAUGGUGAUAUUGGCAGCCAGUUUGACGCUUCCAAGGACGGAAUCGCUGGCCAGGUUGAGAAGGCCGUAGAUGGACCGGCAAGGCCUGCCAGCGACGCAAAGAAAGCAUAG